AUGGAGAACUUCAUUCUGUAUGAAGAGAUUGGAAGAGGAAAUAAGACAGUUGUUUAUAAAGGAAGAAGAAAGGGGACAAUUAAUUUUGUUGCCAUUCUUUGCACUGAUAAAUGUGAGUUGGGCAAGGUUCGUCUGACUCAUGAAAUCAGACACAAGAAUAUAGUGACAUUUCACGAAUGGUAUGAAACAAGCAACCAUCUCUGGCUUGUAGUGGAAUUAUGCACAGGUGGUUCUCUAGAAUCUGUUAUUGCUCAAGAUGAACAUCUACCUGAAGAUGUAGUGAGAGAAUUUGGUGUUGAGUUGAUGACUGGUUUAUACCAUAUUCAUAAGCUUGGAAUUAUCUUUUGUGAACUGACGCCUGGAAAGAUUCUGCUGGAAGGGCCUGGCACUUUGAAAUUCAGUAAUUUUUGCUUGGCUAAAGUGGAUGGUGAAAACUUGGAAGAAUUUUUUGCUUUAAUUGGAUCUGAAGAAGGCGAAGGAGAUGUCAGUGAAAUCACUCCACAAAGAUACCUGAAAAAUAGAUUUCGAGGCUCUCCGUUAUACUCAGCUCCAGAAGCACUAAAGGGAGAAGACUUCUCCAAAGCCAGUGAUCUGUGGUCCUUGGGAUGCUUACUUUAUGAAAUGUUCUCAGGAAGACCACCAUUCUUCUCAGACAGCUUUUCUGAAUUAGUUGAAAAGAUUUUAUAUGAAGAUCCAUUGCCACCUAGACCAGAGGGUUCUGCUUUUUACAAACCUUCUGCUGAGUUCACUAGUUUGCUUGAUGGCUUGCUUCAAAAGGACCCUCAAAAAAGGCUGAAUUGGACAGACCUAUUGCAGCAUCCGUUCUGGAAAGGAUCCCUUAGCUAUUGUGGUGGUGAUUCUGCAGACAGCCAGGGCACAAGCUCAAGCAGUGAAGACACAGAGUCAUCUGUGUCUUGGAGUGCCAAAGAGCCAGUGGAUACUCAUAAAAAUCUAGAUAAUCUGUCAUCCUCAAAAGCAAAUAAUAAGCUACCAAGCAAUUCUUUCAAAAUAGUACAAACUCGGACUGAGUUGUGCCCAAAAAGUGCAGUUGAUGGUGAAUCAAAUGAAUCGAUAUUUCUUCUCAGUUCUCGUCCCACUCCUAGAACUAGCACUGCAGUAGAAGUAAGUGAUGCUACUACUGCUCCAAUCCAAAAUUCUCCACAAAGAGAUUCAUGCUUGAAAAAGGCUAAAAAUAUGUGCUCAAGUCAGCAGGAUAUGGAGUCAACAUUGAAAGAGCUUAUUUACACUGAAUCUGAUCUUAUCAUAACACCAAUCAUUGACAAUCCAAAGAUAAUGAAGCAAGUGCCACUUAGAUUUGAUUUGAAAACUUUACAUAUACCAACAUACUCGGCUGAGAAGUUAUCAUCUAUGAAAGACAUGGACUGGAAUGACUUCUUGCAACGAGUAUGUUCACUGCUUGAUUCCACUGAGAAGAAUGCAGGAGCAGCACGUUCUAAACUGAACUUACUCUACUAUCUGUGUACUGUGGCUGUCCACAAGGAAGUUGCAAGCAGGCUGAUUAGCUCUCAGCUGUUUCCUAUAUUGAUACAGCAGCUGCGUGCAGCCGCCAACUGGGAUAUACGUGCCAAAGUUGCUCGAGUGAUUGGUUUACUGGCAUUCCAUACAUCUGAACUUGGAGAAAAUGUACCUGUUUCUGAG